CAUUCAAGGAGGGCCUGCCUCACGAUCUUGGGGUUCCAGCACCCCAAACUUCUAGACCUCUUCAUAUGGUUCCCUGCACCAGGAAUAAUUACCAAGUCUCAAACUCUUCUCCAGCCUCUACUGGAAGGGCCAUGGCCACCAUCAAUGAGCUGCCCGAGAACAUCCUCCUGGAACUAUUCUCCCUGGUGCCAGCCUGGAAGCUGCUGAGGCACUGCCGGCCAGUCUGCAGCCUGUGGAGGGACCUCAUCGACCUCGUGUCCCUGUGGAAACGCAAGUGCCAGAGAGAGGGCUUCAUCUCCCAGGACUGGGAUCAGCCAGUAGCUGACUGGAAGGUUUUCUACUUCCUCUGCAGCCUCAGGAGGAACCUGAUCCGAAACCCCUGCGCCCAAGAGGGGUUCAAAUAUUGGAAAAUUGACAAGAACAGAGGAGAUAGAUGGAAAGUGGAAGACAUACCUAGAGACCAUGGGACAGAAUUUACAGACCCCCAGAUCAAGAAAUGCUUUGUCACCUCCUAUGGCACCUGCCUCAAGUCCCAGCAGGUGGACCUGAAAGCUGCAGGAUAUUGGAAGGAAUUGAUGGACACAGUGAAGCCAGACAUUGUGAUUAAAGACUGGUUUGCCGCCAGAAACGACUGUGGCUGCAUCUACCGUAUCUGUGUGAAGCUGUUGUCGGACAGCCGCGAGGUCUUGGCUGAGUAUACGCCAGCCCCUGUGUACAUUGAGCAGUGGAGUGGUGCCGAAUGGAAAGAGGUCUCCUACACAUUCUCCAAUUACCCCCCAAGAGUCCGUUACAUCCACUUCCAGCAUGGAGGCAAAGAUACUCAGUUCUGGGCUGGCUGGUAUGGCCCGAGUGUCACCAAUAGUAGUGUCACCAUCGGCCCUGAGAUCACUAGGAAACCCAGUCCUGCAGAAGGGAAGGACCCUUUCGGGAGACAGCCUGACACCCUCACUAAGGACAUCAAUUAGAGAAUGGCAAAACAAGUUGUGGUACAUGAAUGUCACGGAACAUUACUGUGCCAUAGGUGGGAAUGGAUAUGGGACAACAUCAGUUGAUUCAGAGUGACACUGAAUAGCUGUGUGACCCUGGGCAAGUCACUUAACCUCUGGAUAGGGGCGUAGUUCAUGAACAAACAAGAGAAAGAA